AUGGUUAAACUUUCCGCUGAGGGAAUAAAAAGUUUGCACGAUACGGAUUCUCUUGUUCAAUGUUUAAAGGAAGCGGGCUUGAAUAAACGUGCUCUUGAUUUUCUUCAAGAACAGCACAUAUCUGGUGAAGAUUUUCUUGAAUUAACUUAUAAUGAACUCGACUCUCGUGGUCUGGAGUUGGGACCAAUGAAGUCCAUUCUGCGAACGAUUGAUAAAAUAAAUAAGACUGAACAAGUAAAUAACGAUAUCGACGAAUCGCUCAUUCAAUCUUUCGAAGAAUUUAGCGUAAAGGAAAUAGCUGCAGAAACUCAUAAAGGGUAUUCAGAAUCAACUCUAAAACAAUUAUGCGAGAAAAACAUACUAAAAAAAAAUGACCGAUUAUAUUAUAGGAGAAGGAUUGAAAAGGCUGAUAACGACGGCCUAUCAGUUGUUAUGCAUAUUAAGGAUGAGAAAAGAUUAGGGCAGAAACUUAGUAGUAUGACCGACCUUGAAAAUAAGAUUCUAGACGAAAUCUAUGAAGUCGACAAAAAUAAGAGCGUGCCUAAAGAUCAAUGGCCUAAAGUAUUUGAUGAGCCUUUUGAUCAUUUUGGUUUCCUCCGUCCUAUGACUCUGUCGUCUUUUAAAAAAAACCAUGGAUAA